GCGAGGAUUAAAUUUUAUCGUCGCAAAGUAGACGCGCUCUUCCGGUGUACGCCCCGCCGCUGGAAGUUUCACGGGUGUGCGUCAUCCCUGCGACUCGCCAGCAACCCCGCAAGCCAAGCACCGCGACGCCGCGACGCCCUAGGAAGCAGCAAAUCCACAGUUUCUGCGGAGAGCGUGCCGCUAAAACGCAGCGCCGCCCGAAGUUUUGCACGUGUGACGCCAUCGCUGCGGCACACCACCAACUCGUCAAACAGUAUGGCCGAGCUAAAACCCGUCUACGACCCCAUCGGCCAACACCACGCCAUCCCCGGCGGCCUGAAACAGUACGAGGAGAUGUACAAAGAGUCGAUAGACCCGUCGACGAGAGACGAGUUCUGGCGGAAGCAGUCCGCGCAGUUCAUCGACUGGAUCCGGCCCUACGAUAGAGUGUCGACAGGAGGCUUUGCGGUCGGUGACCAUGCGUGGUUCGUGGGCGGCCAACUCAAUGUGAGUGCGUGCUGCUUGGAUCGCCAUUUAGCAACCAAGGCGGACAAGACCGCUAUUCUCUGGGAGGCGGACGAACCGGGCCAAUCCAAAAAAUUGUCCUACCUCGAGGUCUUCCACGGCACCUGUAGAGUAGCCAACGCUCUCAAGUUGCAUGGGUGUAGAAAAGGAGACUUUGUGACGAUCUACAUGCCCAUGAUGCCGGAUACGGCGAUGGCCAUGUUGGCCUGCACGCGCAUCGGCUGCCCCCACUCUGUCGUGUUUGCUGGGUUCACCGCAACCUCACUGAAGGACCGGAUUGUCGACUCCCAAUCGAAGUGGGUCUGCACCGCGGACGUCGGGAAACGAGGCUCGAAGACCAUCAAGCUCAAGGAGAUCACGGACGCCGCCGUGAACGACUGUCCCAAUGUAGAACGUGUAUUCGUCUUCAAGCGCACGGGCGAGCACGGCGUCCCCUAUCAUGCUAGGGACGUGCACAUGGAUCUCGUGGUGCCGAAGAUGAGGCCCUACUGCCACGCCGAGGCCAUGGGGAGUGAAGAGACGAUGUUCACUUUGUAUACCUCCGGCUCUACCGGAAAACCUAAAGGUGUUGCGCAUAGCUAUGCGGGGUAUUUGCUAUUCGCGGCGAUGACGACGAAGUACUCGUUCGAUCUGCGGGAUGAUGAUGUCUUUGCGUGCGUCGCCGACGUCGGGUGGAUCACCGGUCACUCCUACAUCGUCUACGGUCCUCUGUGCAACGGCGCCACGACCGUCAUGUUCGAAUCAGUACCUACCUACCCGGACCCGGGCCGCUACUGGCAGAUGGUGGCUACGCACAAAAUCUCCGUGUUCUACACGGCACCGACGGCCAUCCGAGCCUUGAUGGCUUAUGGAGAUGAACCGGUCAAGAAGCACGACCGUAGCUCGUUAAGAAUCCUGGGAACGGUCGGCGAACCGAUCAACCCCGAGGCCUGGCGCUGGUACUUCCAGGUCGUGGGCGAUAGCAAGUGCGCCAUCGCCGACACGUACUGGCAAACAGAAACCGGUGGCCAUGUGAUGACGCCGCUGCCGGGUGUCACGCCCAUGAAGCCGGGGUCCUGUUGCCUGCCCUUCUUCGGCGUCGAGCCCAAAGUGUUAGAUGCCCAGUCCGGCCAGGAGGUGGCCUGGUCCAAAGGCCAACGAGCUGAUGGUGUGCUCGCGCUAGCCAAGCCGUGGCCGUCGGCGUGCCGCACGGUCUGGGGCGACCACGAGCGCUACAUGGCGACCUAUCUAGACUGCUACAAGCCCUACUAUUUUACCGGAGACGGCUGCACGAAGGACGAGGACGGCUACUACUGGAUUACUGGAAGAGUUGAUGACGUCCUGAACACGUCGGGGCACCGCAUCGGCACGGCGGAAGUCGAAUCGGCUCUAGUAGCGCAUCCGGCCGUCGCGCAGGCCGCCACCAUAGGCUACCCGCACGACAUCAAGGGCCAGGGCAUCUGCUGCUACCUCGAGCUGACGAAGGGUAUUACCGAGUCUCCGGAGUUACUCAAGGAAUUGAAAGGGGCCGUUCGUUCUGCAAUCGGGCCCUUCGCGACGCCGGACCUCUUGAUUCCGGUGGCCGGCCUCCCGAAGACGCGGUCGGGCAAGAUCAUGCGCCGCAUCCUGCGCAAGGUCGCGGCGGCGGAAGAAGAUCAAUUGGGGGACGUGACGACGUUGGCGGACCCGUCCGUCGUGCCGUUGCUGAUCGCCAAGGUCAAGCAGGCCCAAGGCCGCGCCUAGUCGUACCCCUCCCAGGCUAAUGAUUCA